AUGGCAGGUUUACCACUAGAUCUACUUGAAGCGGUGGAGAAUAAGGACAGAGAAUUUUUCAUCAAUGAAAUCAGACGUGACCAUGAUCUUCUUUUGAUCCCUGAAGCUGCGUCUGGCCGAAACCUCUUUCAGCUGGCCGUUCAAUUCAGGAAAGAGAACAUCUUUAACCUCAUAUAUGGUUUAGAUAAUAUUAGAAGGGCCGAGCUGCUGGGAUCUCUGGACAGAGCAAACAACAAUAUUCUCCAUAUCGCCGCUCAGCUCUCGCCUACCGACCACCUCUCUAAGAUUUCUGGAUCUGCCCUCAAGAUGCAAAGAGAGGCUCAAUGGGUUGAGGAAAUAAAAAGCUUGUUACCAGAACAUGAAGUGGUGCGAAGAAACAACGACGGGAUGACCCCACGACAAGUUUUUGAAGUGUCUCACGAACCUCUUCGAAAAGAAGGAGAAGAAUGGAUGAAAUACACAGCCACUGCUUGUAGCUUCGUGGCCGUUCUCAUUGCAACUGUCACUUUUCAAGCCAUUUUCACUGUUCCUGGAGGUACUGAUGAAAUUUCGGGUGCGCCUCUUCUUCUUGGAGAUGGACAUUUUCUGGCGUUCAUCAUAAUAGACAGUAUCGCCUUCUUCUCCUCCUGCACCUCUGUGUUCAUAUUCCUCAGCAUUCUGACGGCAAGAUACUCUUUCGAUGACUUCAUUGUAUCACUUCCUAGAAAGAUGAUAGUAGGUCUAAUCAUGCUAUCCAUCUCCAUCUCGACGAUGCUUGUUGCAUUCAUCACUGCGCUGUCCGCAUCGAUGCGUGCAAGGCCAAUGCUUGUAGUCCCCAUGAAGCCAAUCGCCGGCCUCCCUACCAUUCUCUUCUUGAUGUUGCAAUAUCCUCUUCUCAAGGAAAUGAUUUCUUCCACGUACGGCAAAGGACUCUUCCGCAGGAAUACAAGACGUUGGCUCUAA